CGGUUUUGUAGGGCCCUGCAUCGGUAGAACCAUCUAUCUUCCGACCAAGCAUCCUUCAUCUUUUCGUCCAAAAAUAGAAGGUAGCAAAAUUUUUUCCUUUUUUUUUAUAAUUAUCUUUACCUGUUUUAAAGGAAAUCAGAAUUUUUAUUUUGAAGUUUUUAACCAACACCCAACGCAUGUCAAUGUGCUAUAUUCCACUAAUGACAGAAGAAAUCAAAGAGUUGCAAAGAGAUCCAUUUAUGGCAGAGGAUAAUAACCGCGCCGAACACCUCGCAUUGGAUGCCGCAUGGACAUUCAACUACAAAAAAUUGCUUUUAGAGGAUUCUACCAUCUCCCCAGCUACCUGCAUCUUCAAAGUCCCGGACACGCUCAAAAUGCAAAAUCCACAGGCUUAUAAGCCCCAUUUCUUUUCAUUGGGUCCCUGGCACUUUGGUGAACCAGACCUGAUGGAGGCUCAAAAGUACAAAAUGCACUUUCUUGAAAACCUUGUUCGCCGUUUCCCAAGUCCAGAUGAUAAGAUUAAAGAGUUGGAAAUUGUCGUAUCCCAGGUGAAGAGCGAAGCUUUUGAAUGCUAUGGGGGUUGGGGAGCCAUCAAUGUCGACAGCAGACAAGAGUUCGAGAAAAUUUUGCUGUUGGAUGGCUGCUUUAUUAUUGAGAUGCUUCGAAAGAAUGAAGGGCUCAUAGAUAUAAACUAUAGUGAACUAUUCAUCUUCUCCAAUGCAAUGCUUCCGAUUCGGUGUCAUGACCUGUUUUUGAUAGAAAACCAAAUACCUUGGUUUGUGCUUGAGCGCUUGUAUGAGCGGACCAGAGUCUCAGAACAAGACAAGCCUUUGGUUGAACUUGCAAUUGAUGUUUUCUACUGGAUAUUUUCAUAUGACAAACUUCAGAUACAGCCAAGAAAGAUCAACCACAUCCUCGAUCUUGCAUGGCAUUAUUUGGGCAGCUCAUCAGAACCACCCAGAAGCGGCUAUGAACACUUUAAGCUAAACAGACAUAAUAUUCCCUCUGCUACUGAGCUUCGACAGGCAGGAGUCAAAUUCAGAAGAGUUGAGUCAACAAGAAUCUUGGAUAUAAGGUUCAACAACACUGAUGGUGUUCUUGAAAUCCCAUCUUUACUUAUACACCCAACAACAGAAGCAAUCUUCCGAAACCUCAUCAGCUUCGAGCAAUGUUACCGUCUCCACCCUCCUAAAGUCACCUGUUAUGCAAAGCUCCUAAAUGGACUUGUGGACACCCAUGAGGAUGUGGAUUUACUGUCCAGAGAUGACAUUUUUAAUAACUGGUUAAGUAGUGAAGAUGUGUCUCACUUCUUCAGCAGACUGAAAAAUGGCACCAAUAUGGACUGUUUAUAUUAUGCUCAAAUUUGCUCGGAUGUGAGAGAUUAUUGCCAGAGGUGGUGGCCAAAAUGGCGAGCUUUUUACAUCCACAACUAUUUUACUAAGCCAUGGGCUAUUAUUGCGCAAGUCUAUGCCCUUAUAAUCUUGGUUUUCUAUUUCCUGAUGCUUAAGAGUUAAGAUAAUAUAUAUAUUUAGGUACAAAUUAUGUUGUUAUUGUUAACGUUUGUAUUGAAUAAUUAAUUUUUAGACUU